AGCUUGCACUUUCGAAUGUCAUUUUUCACGAAUCGAACAUAAGAAUAAAAUUUUCACGGAUGUGAACGGAAAUAAACUAGUCGAGUGUUACUCAUCCGUAACGAUUACACCGAUUAGGUGCAACUCCCCCUGUGUGAAGUUGGCCCGUACACCAGUUAUAUCUGUAACGAUCACAUAAGUACAUGCAUAUGGACAUUUCACCCCCUCCUGCGUGUCUUUUUUUGUUUCGUGCCUUUCUAUUUCCUUCCGGUUCCAUCCGGUCGGUCGCGCAUGAGGACGCGUAACGCAAGCGCACCUACAGAUGCCAGUAUUUGUACGGCACUGUGGAACUAUCUAUCACGCGGCGGCAUUUCAGUCUUCAAGUUAAUGCGAGCAAGUGCGCUUCGAAACUGAUAAGGGAAAAAAAGAAAAUAUCGUCGGUGAUAGGAUCGUCAAAAAAGGAACUAAAAUGAAUUCUAUCCUGCGCGUUAAUGUUUUUAUUUAUCGCGACUAUUAAUGAAGUGUCAUCGUGGGGGAUUGACGUGACGAGUUGUCAUUCUUUCGUUGCUGUCGCAUACGCGUUCAGAUAGAAAAGGAUUUAAUGAAUUAAAAUGGAAAGGAAAAACUUUGGUGUGUCGCGAAUUUUCGUGUGUUGCACAAAUGUCAUUUUCCUGAUAUCAGGUUUCGCGUUGAUGUCAUUAGGGGCAUUGUUAUUAGCCGAUGAUGAACGUAUUCUACUGUCACGUUUAUUGGGACCAGGGGAUAUACAUCCUGAUCAACCACUUUUUUAUUACAUGGCAUUUGCAGUCGUUGGACUUGGAUUUCUGAUCACGCUCACGGGUCUGCUAGGAUGCUGGGCAACUUGUCUCUAUAAUCGAUGCGUUACAGUUUCAUAUCUCAUCACGAUAAUCCUGCUAUUACUUGGCGAAUGCACUGUGUGCGUUCUAGUGGUAUUCUGGCCUCACGUUCUGGGCAUUGAUGUUCGACCAGCACGAUUGAUACGAGCUUUGCAACGUAGUUACGCUGUUCCCGGUCGAGAGCAAUUCACGGCAGCUCUUGAUCUUGCGCAAACAGCGUUUGCUUGCUGCGGCAUAAACGGAAGUAGCAAUUACGGUACCUCGUGGUGGCGACUACAGGAAGUCGGUCGACGAGAAUUAGUGGUGCCUCUCAGCUGUUGCACCCUGAAUAACGUAAACCAGACCGAUUCUUUCCUCAACCCUGAACCUGCCAAUCUUACUCUCUGCCAGGCUUUGAACCCUGCCGAACAUCAAUACGCCCGCCAUACCACGGGUUGUUUAGAGAUGUUGGAGAAAUGGACCCAAGACCAGGCAUUAAUACUGCUCACGAUUGGACUCGCGGUGAUUUUCGUGGAAGUUGGUGCACUUCUAAGCACAUUCUUCGUCUGUUCAAAGGGCACUAGAAGAACCAAAUCUCAAGCAUCGACGUUUACAUCCACGCAAACGCUUAGUCCGUUUAGUGAAAGUGACCACGACUUUGGACUGGGAAUCGAGAAUCGAAUGCAUGCAACCGGAACGACGUUUGGCACUAAAUCAUGAAGGUGGCUAGAGGGCAGUGAGGGUAAAUCAUCAGAUGACAUUAAGAAUACAAAAAUUGCGUCAAGUUUGUCUAGACUUAACGACGUGAGGAGAUUUAGCAAAAGCAUAAUCGAAGAAUGGAAGAAUCCGCCCAAAUUUGAAGAUGGCGUGUUACGAAGUGAUCAACUGUAUGAGGAACGCGCGAUAGAUGUUGUGCCAGAUUAUUUCCAUAAAACUUGCUCGAAAGAGAUGAACGAUCUCCGAAAAGAUCGGCACGAUAAAAGGGACGCGGGGAAAUCACAAUCACAUAAUAGUAGCGGGACUGUCAGGAGUAUUCCAAUAAAAAAUUAUCAGGCCUCGAUAGCGCAUAAUAUUGGGACACUUAGACGAUCGGAGGCGCCUCAACUUCAAUUUGAAUCUUCGAUGUCCGAGCCUGAUAAAAAUUUCAACGUAACAAAAUACAGAACUCUGUCUUCUCCACAAAAUGAAAUUGAAUCUCAAAGUCGACGAUCGGUCACAGUUUCGAAACGCCGGGAAACCUUGAAUCCUGCCAGGAGAUCCUGUCACUCUUGCGAUUACCAGCGCGAAAUUCAAAGUGGGCACCGUAAGAUUCAUUCGAAGUUAAAGACGUUAGACAGAAGGAUAAGCAAAAGCGAACAUAACGUUUCCGUGCAAAAAGACGAUCAAGAUUUCAGCGAUUUUGGUGAGUAUUUUUACAAAUCUUCGUCUCAAAAGUUUAAUACUACUCGUCGAAGAUCGAAAGAUACAAAGGUGAAAGGACAAUCUAACAAGGAAACCGUAGAGACCGAAGGUUCCAAGCAUUUGAGGAAUGAUAAAUCACGGGUUAGAAACAAAUGGGGUACCAUUAAUCUAGAACGUGGACACGUUGGUCAAAAGAUAUCGGCAUAUGAGGAAAAUGCUAAGCGCGGUAGUCGUAACAGGGAGACUUUCGAUACGUAUCAAGUAUUUCCUGAAAUAAAAAAACAUCGAGCCAUUGGCGUGCCAUUGGUAGGCAUGCAUAAUGCAUGUGGUUUGCCUGUAGUUGCAUCCUGGCACGAUCAUGAGCUACUAGAACCUUUGAGAGUUAAAGGUAGAGUUUUAGGGACGUUGAGACCGAUUUUCAAAGGAUCACGUUCUUCGAUGAAUUUCCGCCAUCGAACUCAUCCUAAAAGAAAAACACCAACGAAUCAGAGCAUGUCUAGAAAGAAUCGACCGUCAGAUUUGAGAGAGUCCGAUAAAAAGAUCGAUUAUCCAUCGAUAAAAUCGUUAGUUUCUUUGAGAGCAGACACGGGAGAAGUUCGGAAAAGGAGGAAACGUAGACCAUCGUUUAAAACGAAGAAAAGUGGUACUACAUUUUCGUCUAAAAGUACUAUGAAACGAAGGCGAAGAUCGGAUGGAAGAAAAGAUAAAGAAAAUACUUUGACUGGUAGUCUUCGUAGGAAUUCGUACGAAGCUGGCAGCAAAAGACAAACUUUGUACGCGAGGGAUGAUGGAGAGGACGCUGUACAAGUUCUCAAAAGCUUAUGUUUAAAUCCAUUAGCUCGAACGAAAUCUGAAACAGAUAUGAUAUGGUAAAAUCAAUGGAACAAAUAUUUUUGAUUGAGCAGCCAUGAAAAAUCAUAAAUAUCAUUCAAGUUGAUACAAUUAUAAGGAAAACUGUGUAGUACAAUCGUCUAAUUAGGAUUAUCUUAAUCUUUUAUUUGCAAUAAAUGCUAUAUGUUACUGUAUUGAUUAAAAAAUAAUUGUAAUUCGUACGAAUAGGAUAUUAGUAUAUGCAUUAUAUGCUUUGUAAAUAUGCGUCAUUAAUUGUAUUGUAUCCUUGGAUGUUAUAAUAAAACAAAACCCUUGCUACCCUCGCUGGAA